AUGGGGUUGAUUCUAACUGACUUUUUCGAGCCCAGGUCCUACGAUGUCGAGGAUACCGAGGUCAUUGUGUGCGACGGGUGCCUGGCCCAUUUGUGCCUCUCCAGCUUGGUGCUCUCGGACCAGUUCUGGGGCCUGUCGGGGGACGCGUUUUUGGUCGACCGGCUCAUCAACAUCCUGUGCGAGAAGCAGGACUUGGAGACGUCCAUGCGGACCGGCGUCUACAUCAUCAACAAGAUCCGGUGCCUGCAAUGCUCCACGAAAUUAGGCUGGCACUACAAGAAGUCGUUCAAGUACUCGGAGUACUACAAGGAGGGCAAAUACGUCAUUGAGAAGAAGUACAUCCGGCAGAUCCCCAACCACAGCUCGACGGCCCGCCUCACGGAGCAGGCCAAGCUGCUGAAAAGAAGACGGUCUUCGGCCAGCACCACGUCCAGC